AUGGCUGAUCAAAAUAGUACUGGUUCUCCUGGAAGUUCCAUGCAUGGCGUUACCGGCAAAGAGCAAACUUUUGCCUUCUCAGUUAAAUCCGAUCCCAAAAUCCCCACAGACACAACAGCAAAAUUCGCUUUACCAGUUGAUUCAGAACACAAAGCUAAAGUCUUCAAAAUCUUCUCUUUCGCAAAACCCCAUAUGACAACUUUCCACCUUUCUUGGACUUCAUUUUUCACUUGUUUUAUCUCCACUUUUGCUGCUGCUCCACUUGUCCCUAUUAUUCGUGACAACCUUAACCUUAAAAAAAGCGACAUAGGAAAUGCUGGAAUUGCUUCUGUUUCUGGUAGCAUUUUUUCUAGGCUUGUUAUGGGUGCAGUUUGUGACUUGUUAGGUCCGCGCUACGGUUGUGCUUUUCUUAUGAUGCUAACUGCUCCCACUGUAUUUUGCAUGUCGUUUGUAUCGUCCGCUGGUGGUUACGUUGUUGUUAGGUUUAUGAUUGGAUUUUCUUUGGCUACGUUUGUUUCGUGCCAAUAUUGGAUGAGUACUAUGUUUAAUAGUAAAAUUAUUGGACUUGUUAAUGGUACUGCUGCAGGGUGGGGAAAUAUGGGUGGUGGGGUGACUCAAUUGCUUAUGCCGUUACUUUAUGAGUUAAUCCGCCGUGCCGGAGCAACUCCGUUCACGGCGUGGCGGAUUGCGUUUUUUGUUCCGGGAUGGUUGCAGGUGAUCAUGGGUUUAUUAGUUUUGGGACUAGGUCAAGAUUUGCCUGAUGGAAAUCUUGGUACUUUACAAAAGAAAGGAGACGUUCCAAAAGACAAAUUUUCUAAGGUGCUUUGGUAUGCUGUGACAAACUACAGAACAUGGAUUUUUGUACUUCUAUAUGGCAUGUCACUAGGUGUGGAAUUAACCACUGAUAAUGUGAUUGCAGAAUACUUCUUUGACAGGUUUAACCUAAAGCUUAGGACGGCCGGCACAAUUGCUGCAACAUUUGGCAUGGCAAACUUAGUAGCUCGACCAUUAGGAGGCCUAAUGUCAGACAUAGCAGCAAAGAGAUUCGGAAUGAGAGGCCGUCUUUGGAAUCUAUGGAUCCUCCAAACAUUUGGAGGAGUUUUCUGUAUUCUUUUGGGCAAAUCCAACAAACUUUCAAUUUCAAUCUUAUCAAUGAUACUUUUCUCAAUUGGUGCACAAGCAGCUGCUGGUGCAACAUUUGGUAUUAUUCCCUUUAUUUCAAGACGUUCUCUUGGUAUUAUCUCUGGAUUAACUGGAGCUGGAGGAAAUUUCGGUUCAGGAUUGACACAACUUUUGUUUUUUACUCGAGCUAAUUAUUCAACUUCUACUGGAUUGUCAUUUAUGGGAGUAAUGAUUGUGGUAUGUACACUUCCUGUUACGUUAGUACAUUUUCCACAGUGGGGGAGUAUGUUUUUACCCCCUAGUAAAAAUGUUGGGAAAUUUAGUGAAGAGUAUUAUUAUGGUUUGGAGUGGAAUGAGGAGGAGAAGUUAAAAGGGUUGCAUGAGGGAAGCUUGAAAUUUGCGGAGAAUAGUCGGUCGGAAAGAGGCCGGCGGGUGGUUUCUGUAACAUCUCCGCCGGAUGCUACACCACCUACUGUAUAA